AUGAAGUGGCAGCUACUUCUCGCCUUUGUUGGCACGGCGAUCGCCCUGGAACCCAUCGGAGAACCUGAACUUGUUGAUGGAGUGUGGUGCUACACAUAUCUCUCAUCCUACGUUGUCGCCGUUGGGGCAGAGACUACUGAAGGAGCUAUUCCCAUAGCACCAGCGUUGCCGUCAACUCAGCGUGGAAUACUUCCGACGUAUUUCACGAAUCGAUCAACUUCUGUGUUUCCAUCAACAUUUCAGGGCAUCGUUGAACCAUCUUCCAUACUCGAAUCAGCCCUCGAUUCGCUUACUGAAGUAUCUGAAAUUGCCAGUGAAUCCACCAUUGCGAUCGAUUCAUCUUUCUCGUCUGCUCUUCCUAUUCCGACCGACGAGGAAGAGUUAGAACCAACAGUAACCGAGUCCACUAUCGCUACACAAACCUCGGCCGAAGUUUCUGCUACUAGCUCCGAAGCUGUAUCUGGCCAGAAUGUGAUCUUUCUUAUAUCUCCAAGGGUCAGUAAUGAAAGGCGAGGCCUUGAAAAGAGAGCCAAGGGGGGGUUUGUCGGCAACGGAAACACCUCCAAUGUCAGAAUUUGCACAAAUGCCGCUACAUUUACACUGGCUGGAGGUCAGCUCUUGGAUGAUGGAAAGCCUGUCUACUACAAUGGCGAGUCCUUCAAAGAAUUAAUCGGCCAAGAAGACCCACCAGACGGAGCUAUUACCAGGGACUUCGCAAGUGUAGCUGGGAACCUUGUAUUUGCCAACACAGCCUUGCCUGAUGGUGAGGCUGAAUUUUGUCAGGAUCCCGACAGUGGUCAAGUGUUUAUGAUAUUUGGGUCGAAUCCAUCAGGUUGUAUCCCCAUCAUACUACGCGCCUAUCAAGUCGAGCAAUGUCAAAACGGACGCAUCAUCGGGCUCGAGAUGUCAAGCUCUGCCAGCAUUGAGUCGACCCGAGUGUCUCUGAUCCCCGAUUCGACCACCACAGUGCUUCCGUCCUCCGUCUCCGAAUUAUCGUCUUCGAUAGAUGUCGGAGGUACUUCCGUAUCCACUGCGCUGUCAUUAUCCACGGUUUCGUCCUCUACAACUAUAACAACAAUACACUCAUUCGACAAUGUCGUCUCUACAGCCACUUUGGACUCGUCAUCCAUAGAGCCUUCUUUUUAUUUACCUACUUCAUCUUCCGUGGCAUCUACAGAACCCAUUGAGUCAUCUCUUUCCAGCACUUUAUCCGAAGGGAGUUCCAUAGACACCGAGACCAUUGACUCUACGUUCUCUGUCGAAUUACCAUCAAGUCUGGAUGCAUCAUCUACAUACCUUCUAUCCGCGUCUACAACGGACAUUGCAUCAACUGAGACCUUGUCCACAGAGUCGCCAACAGCAGAGCCAUCAACCACAGAAGUAUCAACGGAACCAACUGCACCCUUUCCGUCAUAUUCAACUUCUACUUCAGCUGAGAUAUCCACUACUGAGGCUGAAACCACCACAGCUGAGCCAACCACUACCACUGCUGACAUGACAACUACAACUAGCUGCGACAGCAUUACCCCCUUGACAACAGUAGUUUUGGCUAGCCCAACGCCUGUCUUUGAUGACGGUCUUGACCAUAACAACGACUAUUUUGAGGUCAGCUUGCCUUGGGCUCCGAAUAGAUCAAGUGGUACUACUAUAAUUGUCAGCAUUAAUGGUGUUCUUUCAAUUCCUAGCGACAAUGGCGCAUCCGGAGCUGCUGGAAACGAACCACUCAAGUCUUCCAUCAUCCCACCUUGGUCUCUCUUACCAUACUGGGAUGACUUCUAUCUUGAUCGAACCAAAGAUCACACCAUUGUCUAUGAAGUGUUUCAAGGUCUAUAUGGCCGUCAAGUCAAUUUUGAGUGGGUUAUUGGAAAAAGAAACGAAGAAGGCAUCUUUCAUUUCGAAGCCAUCUUGUUUGAGGAUUACCCCGACGACAUGGAAUUCCACUACUACACGAUACCGGACUCUGGUGGUAGUGCAACAGUCGGCUGGCAGAAACCGAUAAACUCUGGAUCUUUUGUUCAAUACUCUUUCGAUGAGGCUGGGAAAGUGACAGCCGGGCUCAAACUCAACUUGCACACAUCUCAUCGACAAGUAUGGCCUAGUGGUUUUGACAACACUGAGUGUGGCAAGGGUGCCGAUCGACAAUAG